CUCAAUUAUACUUCAAAUAAAACUUUUCCUCGCCCAUAUAGGACCGAGACCUCCAUAAUAAGAGAAACAAUGCCAUCCAUCGCCGAUCAAUCAAUCCUCAUCAUCGGUGGUUCAUCCGGUAUCGGCCUCGGGGUUGCCCACCUCGCUCUCGCCCAAAAAUCUCGUGUGUUUAUAUCCUCAUCUAAUCAAAGUCGUAUUUCCGGUGCAAUUGAAUCCCUCCGCAAACUAUACCCCGAUGGUGCUAUCGAGGGCUUUCCGUGCGAUCUCAAAUCUGCCGACGUCGAGUCCAACCUCGAGAAAUUAUUAAUUGAAGUCAUUACCGCGAACAACGGAGAGCUUCUCAACCAUGUUGUUUUCACGGCAGCUGAUUCACUUCCCAUAAAGCCUCUCUCAGAGGUAGACCUCUAUUUCAUUCGUUCAGCUGGACAAAUCCGGUUCAUGGCCCCUUUGCUGCUUGGGAAACUUGCUCCUCGAUUCAUAAAGCCAAGUUACGAGUCCAGUAUCACGCUUACUAGUGGUACAGUAGCUAGAAAGCCAGUUCUUCAAUGGCCUGUCAUCUCGGGGUAUAUGUCUGGUUUGGAGGGUGUUACUAAAAGCCUUGCUCUCGAAUUGAAGCCGAUUCGGGUAAACUUAGUUAUGCCUGGAGCCGUGGAUACCGAGCUUUGGGGAAAGGGGGAGACGCGGAGAGCUACGGUUGAAAUGAUGAAAAGUAUGACGUUUCAGGGUAGAGUUGCAUUAGCUGACGAGAUUGCGGAAGCAUAUAUCUAUAUUAUGAGAGAUACAAACGUGAAUGGGGCUACCUUGAACACUGACGGCGGAGAGGCUUUGCAUUAAAUGGGGUUAAUGGCAUUCGAGGUCCUUUUUCGUCUAUAUCUAGUCAUUCAUGAGCAAUAUGAAUUUUCAAACGGCCCUGAACAAUAAAAACGCCUUUUUCGGGUACCGCGUUUCUCAUUAUAAAGAUUGUAUCCAGCGAAGUUCGGAGCGACAAUGUUUAUGACCAUGAAUCUAGACAGUAAUCGAAAUAGCAGUUGCAUGCUUCUAUGGC